AAAUAAUAAAACUAGAUAUGGAGCCAACUGAAAAAGAAUCCUUGAAUGAGCCAACUGCUGAAGGUAGCUCAACUACUGACACCUCUGCUAUGCCGAAAGAUCCAUCCAAGGAUUUCUCCCCUGAAAAUGCCAAAAAGAUGCAGGAGUUAUUUGCAAAGAUGAUGAAGGAUAAUCCUGAGACCUAUAAGAAGUUUGAAGAAUUCAAGCAGAUGCAGCCAUUGUUACAACCUCAUGCCUUUUGGGACACUCAACCAGUCCAAAAGGUGACUGAAACCAUGGGUAUUUCUGAAAUCACUCCUGGUCCAAUAGAAGAAAAUAAGAAAAAUGAUAUUUCCACUGAGCCAAUCAAACUAGCAGAAGGAUUCGAAUGGUGCAAGAUUGACAUCCAUAACGAAGAGCAAGCUAAGGAGCUUCAUGAGCUUCUCAACAAGCAUUAUGUUGAAUCUGAUGGAGGCACGUUUAAAUUGGAUUACCCUCUUGAUUUCUUGAAAUGGGCUCUUUGUCCUCCAGGAUACAAGCCAAAAUGGCACAUAGGAGUCAGAGCUACCAAGACAAAGAAACUAUGCGCAUUUAUCGCAGGUAUUCCAUUGAAUCUCACUAUCAUGGGAGAGGAAGUCAAAGCAAGUUCUAUCAACUUCCUAUGAAUUCAUCAAAAACUCAGAUCAAAGCGUCUUGCCCCAGUCUUGAUCAAAGAAGUUACUAGGAGGAUCAACAGAACAGAUGUUUGGCAAGCUAUUUACACCUCAGCAACUCUGAUCCCAAAGCCAUUCUCAGAUGCCGUCUACUACGGAAGACCUCUGAAUUACAAGAAACUUGUGGAAGUGAACUUUUUCAAGAAAGACAAAUCCUUUAACGCAAAGAAGAAGCUGUACACUCUCCCAGAUGAGACAGAGACACCUGGGUUCAGAAGAAUCAGAAAGAAAGAGAUUAAGAAGGUCUACCCAAUGCUCAAAGAGUUUCUUUCUGAAUACAAGGUGGCCAUCAAUUUCAGCCCUGAAGAAGCAGUCCACUACCUCAACUAUAGAGAGAAUGUAGUCUAUAGUUAUGUCGUUGAGGAUCCAGAGACUAAGGAAAUCACAGACUUCAUUUCUUUCUAUUCCCUCAAUUCUGAAGUGAUUGGGCAUGACAAGCAUGAUACGAUGAAUGCUGCCUACUGCUGGUAUUACUGUAGCACAAAGACUCCACUAGAGAGCUUGAUUAAAGACGCAACAAUUAUGGCAAAGAAAGAAGGAUUCGAUAUAUUCCAGAUGCUCAACAUAAUGGAGAACGAAGAAGUUGUAGAUGAGCUUAGAUUUGCCAAAUUGAAAGGAACUCUCCACUACUAUCUCUUCAAUUACAGAUUGCCAAACAUCAAUCCUGAAGACAUUGGAGUUUCUUUUGUAUAA